GAGUAUGAUGUGUGAUUUAUGAUGCGUGUAUGAUUUAAGCGAAAAAUAGUUGAUACGUUUUUUUAAACAUAUUUACGUUAUAUUGCUUUAUUUUACGUGAAGUGAUCUUAUUUAUAAAUUUAAUUAUUCUCUCGAGUCAAGAUGUUUAACAAGAGUGUUAUUGUAGCGGUAUUUCUAUUAGGGGCGGCUUGGGCUCAGUUGGAUGCUGACCAAGAUAAAGCUGUGAACACGGCCUUAGAGAACCUGCCUCCAGAACUCCAGGGUAAGGUGGACAAGACACAACUUGAUGAGAUCAAAAACAAAUCGGCAGCAGCAUUUAAGGACAAGUGUGCCAAGAAUGGAGGACCCGAUGCUUUUGGAAAUGCUGAGAAAGCGUUCAUAAACUUGAAAUCCUGCAUGGAGGGCCUGGUGGUGACGAGCGAGCUGGAAAAAGAAAUCGAGGCUGCUAAACCCAACGGCAAAAUGGACGAGGUCUUUAAGAAAUAUUGUGCCAAAAAGCCCCAGUUCAAGGAGUGCUUCAAAGUCGCAGUGGAGGCCGCCAGACCGUGCUUCUCGAGCGACGAACAGAAGAACUUGAAGAUAGUGUACAACGUCACCGAACAGCUGGCCGAGUUCGUUUGCUUCAAGGAUGGCGACAGGAUUGCGCUGUUCAUUGCGGAGGGCGGGAUCGACUGCAUGCAGGCGCAGCAGGAGGCCAUCCAGAACUGCACCAACGAGUCGCUCGGCCCCAACGUGCAGCUGAACGCCAACAUCUCCGCCGACUCCAUCCCCGAAAUCAGAUUUACUAAUAAGGAGUGUGGGCAGUUAACAGAGCUGCAGCAUUGCGUGGUGCGCAAGCUGGAGACGUGCGAGCAGCCCACGACGGCCAACAUCGUGGAGUCGCUGUUCAAGUUCAUCCGCAAGGCCACGCCCUGCAAGGAAUUCACCGAUCAACGAGCAAGCCCAAGGAGUGGUACUGUUGAUGCUGCUACUGACAAAAACAAGCCUGGGUCGGCUAACGGGCUCACUGUGACGUCACUCACUCUUGCGAUGGCGGCAGCUACUCUUCUGGUCUAAGUAUCAUCACUAUCAUUUGUAUUACUGGGAUCCCGGAAUACAUUACUUUAGUGUAGUAGGCUUGCCCAAAAGGCGGAGACUAGUAGGUAUAUAUUAUUAUAGGCGCGCCUAAACGGACCGCAUUGUCACGACUUAAAGUUAUAACAGACGGGCGUACCGGACCGCAAACUUUGUCCGAUCCGAGGCCUGUUCAAUCGAGUGGAACCUGGUCCGCACUGGUCCGCCGUACGUCCGGUAAGUACGCAGCUAUAAGUGAGAGCGAGAAAGAGAUAUUUUGACCGGACCAAGGUCGCGGUCCGGUACGCCCGUCUAUUGCAUUUUAUAUGUGAUAGCAACAUAAUUAGUCCAAUAUUGCUGUGAAAUGUUGGUCGCUUACGCUCCGUGAUAGGGCUUCCAUUGCUUAUACAACAACGACAUACAUAUCGUUACACAAUUUAAGUGUGCCAAUUGCAGACCCCUGCACUUUUAAAUCACUUAAAAAGUGCGAUUGUGUGCUGGUGAAAAUAGUUUAGUAAGUUUAGAUGAAUUUAUACCAAUAUUCGCGCUGGCAGCUAACUGAAUUCCUACAGUUAAAACUAGAUACAUAGUACGUGAAACGUAUAGAGCGCUUAUUGCCUCAAUAGUUGCAGUAGUUUUGGAAGUAAUGUACCUAUAGUUAUAUUUUUAGGGGUUAAACCGAGCUUAAAGCGUAGUUUGUACGCGGUAGUAUAGUCUGAGGCUUAAGUAACAACUCCUGUUUUAAAAUAGAAGUUGUACAACGGACCCAAGGGUCCUGAAACUAAUUUGUACUACAAACGAUACGAAUGAUUUCUUGAAAAUGCCAAAAAAAUGAAGUUAAAGGCUAUUUCGGUUGUGAGUGUUGUGACAAAAAUGUUAAAUGUGUACAUUCCAUUUUUUGUCUUGUUUAGUUUAUUUUGGUUUGUGGCAACUUUUGGCAUUUGUCUUUAAAUAAUUGAUGUCCAGUAUAAACGUCCAAUGUAAUAAUAUAUUAAUACAGUCAUAUGUCUGUAAAUGUGAGAAAGUCGAACAACAUUAUACAACGUAUACUUAACAUGACUUAACUGUCCUUACUGUAACGAAUAACGGCAUGUAACGUGGCUCAAUUUUUAAUUUUAAUUUCAAUCAUUUUAAUAGUAAGUGUCUGAAAUAAAUAGGCGUUAAGAGAUGUAUUUAUUUGUUAUAUUUUUUUAUUGAUUUACAUUGCCAUUUUUUAUUGUUGCGUCAAAUUGUUAAAAUAUACAUUAUUUUUUGUCCAUAUUUUAAGUAUCUUGCUCAAUUAGUUGCUUUAAGAGCUUAAUUAUUACCUUAUGUUUGGGUUAGUGCUUAGAUUUAAAUGACAGAUUAAACUACCGUCUGCCAGUCUUUUAAUCUCUCGUAUCAGAACGUGGAUCCGUGCAGUCAGUAUUCAAUUCUAAUUAAUUUUUAAUUAGAAUUGAAUACCUACUGACGUAGAUCCGCCUUUCGGCAUACGAGAGGUUAAAAUAUUACCUUUAUACGAUUAUGAAAAUCUAGAUCAUAAAAAGUGUUUCUAUUGCGACUGCGACGUGAUUAACUGUCAUUUUUAUCGUACCACCGAAUAGUAGAAAAAAUGGUUUAAAUAAUUUCGUACUUAACCCUCUAUUGCAUGCCAUAAAAAUAGAUUUAAAUUUGAACUUUAACAGAUGUCAAUAGAGUUCAAUGUUAUUAUUAUAACUGCCAUAUAUGGCUUGGUAUGAACUAGAGGGUUAUAAAAUUUACUUUCCAAAUAAAUUUUAGUGGCAUGUUGCAGUUUGGCCUAUAUACCUAUAAGAUAAUUGUCAAUUAUAUCGUUAGUCAGCAUACUAACGUAUCAUCGGCAUAAAACUUUAUAUUAUCGUCAUAACAUUAACUUCAUAAGAGUUCAUUAACAAGUGAAUACAUGCAAAUCGUGGUUGCGCUUUCCUAAACUGAUAUAACCUAGUAACAACACAUAAGGUGGGGUUCUGUAAUUUGUGCGAUAAUAGGCUACUUUCCUACUUGUCAAAUCUGCUUCUUUUUUAGAACUGUCAAAACGAUUUGAUAAUAUGGAAUUUAUAUGAAAACGAGUAUAGUGACGUCACGGUCAACUCACCUACUUUUUAUAUUUCUGUCAGAUUUAUUAAAUAGAUAUUGUGUUUAAAAAUAACUGCUAUGUUUUUCUUAUAAUUAGCUGGUGCUUCACGUGUGAAAUAAUUUAUUUUAAUAAGAGGAAACUCCUAUUUAUAAGCGCCGCCGUGCCGUAAUUUUGCGUGCCGCGCCAAGCGGCAGCCAGGCUUAAUAAAAAUCGCGCAUAUUGUAUCAGAUUUGGUAAGCACAACGACGAAAUGAGGUGCCGAUAAUAUGUCGGUGAUACAUUGAGGUACUGGACUGGAGGAAUCAGGCUGUCACUAAAUGUUAUCAGUUAGGCUACGAAAGUCCAUGAGACUUAAAGGUUUGUGAUACAUUUUAAAAGUAUUUAGUGUUGAAGGCCGAAAAUUUAUAAAAUAACACACGUAAGACUGAAAAUGAAAAACAAGGUGUCCGAUUUAUACUUAAAUUGCCUAAACAUGACAUUUUAUCUUGUCCCAAAUAACCCAAUGUCACUAGAGAAUUAUUUAUUUCACAUGAUACUUAUAAUGUUUAAAUAACGACCUUAUACUUUAUUUUGUACGCUAUGUUUGUUUAGCUGUUAAUUUAUGUUUCUGGGUAUACGUGUGAUAAAGUCGUUUUUAUGUGAUACCUGUAUUGUAAGGUGUAAGUGAAAAUUCAGAAUAAAUAAAUGGGAUGGUUACAAUCAA